CUUGCACCUUCCCACUGUUGUUGUUCUUAUUGUUCUUCUUCCAAUCCUUUUUGUUUGGACAAUUCGCCUUGAAAUGCCCAAACUCGCCAUAUUUGAAACAAGACCUUUCCGCAAGAGGUCUAGAACUCGAUCAAACAAAAUUCCCGUCAUGGACUAUGAGAAUGGAAGUAUUCCUUGAUGGCCGUGGUUGGUUGAAACUUGAUAAACUGAUCGAUGUCUUCUUCAGUAAUUGCGAAAAUUGUGAAGAAAUUCCCAUGUUUGGUCUCCUACCACUCCUCAAAUAUCUGACCUUGGAUGGUUUGAAUAAUUUACAAUCCAUAGGUCCUUCUUUCUAUGGUGGCCAAGAGACAAGAGUAAUGUUCCCAGCGCUUGAAAGACUUAUUCUAAGCAACAUGCCAAACCUAACAGCGUGGGCAGAAGCUGAGGUGAUGCCAGUGGUGGAAACACGAAAAUGCAGAGAGCAGGUAUUUCCUCGCCUUGAAGAUUUGAAGAUUAAAAAUUGCCCCAAAUUGAUUACUUCUCCAAGUCAUUUCCCUUGCUUGAAAAAAUUGGAGAUUGAUACUAUAGAGAGUGAUUUUCCAUUGACAAAAAUUUUGAGUAGCAGCAGCCCAACUUCUUUGGAAGUGCUCUCGAUCAGCCGAAUAUCAUCGCUUACUAGUCUUCUUCCUCACUUGCAAGGAUACCAGAAAUAUCUUCGAGAGUUGACUAUUGAAGAUUGUGAAAAAUUGAGAGAAUUACCCGAUGAUCUACACAGCUUCCAGUCUCUCAUCAUUUUGAGAAUAUUUGAAUGUCCAAGUCUGCAAUCAAUUUCUUAUCAAAGUGGACAAAAAGGUCCCCCUUCUCUUCGAACGUUGGAAAUUAGUUCUUGCUCUGAGCUGAGCUACCUACCAAGUGAGAUGAUUGAGUCCAUUAGGUGUCUGGAGGAUCUAAGUGUAACUAGGUGCAACAAACUCGUUUCUAUUUCAAUAGAUUUGGGGGAAUUGCCUUGUAUCUCAAGGUUAGAGAUAUCCUAUUGUUUUGAAUUGAGGAAUUUGCCCAAGGGAAUUGGCCGUCAUAGCAAGUUAACAAAAUUGACCAUCGGUGGUUUCUCAAAAUCAAUUGAUUUCAACUCAUUCCAAACUGUUCUCGACGACAUCGGACAAUCCAAAUCUCUUCGGAAUUUGUCUUUAAAUGGUUGGAAACAUUGUGACUCGUUGCCAUAUCAAUUUCAGCAUCUCACUUCGCUCGAAAGUUUGACAUUGUUUGAUUUUGGAAUGGAAGCAUUGCCAGAGUGGUUCGGGGGUCUGUCAUCUCUUUCAAGUUUAUCUCUGUGUGCAUGUUAUAAGCUUAGGCAUAUGCCCUCUAAGGAAGCAAUGCAACGCCUCAAAAAGCUACAAUAUCUUAUCGUUACUUGCUGUCCAUUGUUACGGGAGAUGUGCAGGGAAGAAAACAGCCCUGAUUCUGAGUGGUCAAAGAUUUCACAUAUUCGUCACAUAGGUGGAGUGGGCCCAGGUUUUUAAAGAGGCCUGAUCUGCUGAUAUAGUUGUGUGGGAAAUGGAUAUUGACUAGUCAAAUGUUUGAGGCGAAAUAUGCGAUUUGACUUUUGAUGGAGUGAGCAAAAAAAAAAAACUUUUCCAGCGUAGAUUCUUGGGGGAACUAGGUAUUUCUCUUUCGAACACUAUUUCAAGAAUGAUUGAAGUCCAGAGUGCUCGGAGAUUAUGAAUUGUUAAUUUCUAUACAUCGAGUUUGUUAAAGUCAAUUCUAUACACUAUUGUGCUUUGAAUUAUUUCUUAGUGUUUAUCAAAAUAUUAUUCUGCUUGAAUUAUUUCUUAGCUCAAGGAAUUGCUGGUCGUAUUUUCUAUUUUAUCAUAUUAAAUUUUGUAUUGCU